GGUGAACGUAUUCUAUUUCCUCACUUACCGACAUACAAAUUUGAUCAGGAACUGAAGGCAGAUGAAAAUGAUAAUAUAUAUAAGGAAUAUUUCAAUUCAUUAAGCGUAUUGAUGAAAAAUUAUAAUUGGAGUCAGGAUUUAUUCAACAAACUAAGUAGAAAUAUAAAGUUGGUACACGAUAAGUAUGUUCCGGGGGAUGCAUUCAAUAGAAAACGAUGUUACGAUUUAAAUUUCUGGUUAUAUGAUCAAGUGUUUAAUAAGCUUAAAUCAACCAGUGAAUACGAUACUAAGUUUUUUAAAGAUACUUCUACUAGACUUCAAGAAGUAUGGAAAAAUAUUGUUGAUGCGAAAUUUAAGGGUCAAGCUUUUGAGUGCUAUCCAGAUAAAGAUUUGCUUCUUAAUAUGGGUUAUUUACAGGAAAUUAAGGAUUUGUUGGAUUUUUUUGAAGAUUAUAAUGAAAUGAAAAAUGAAAUCAUUAAUAAUACUUAUAAUGGAUGCCGUAGAUAUGUGAAUUACCUUAAACAAAGAAUUCCAGUAUAUUAUGCGUGGAGAGACUCAUGUAAAGUGAAGGAGUUUGCUUGUAAAAGAUACAUCGACGAUUAUAUGAAAUACCGUCCAUCAAGUAUUGUGCCAAAAUUGAGCCCUUUAAUUGUUGUUAUGUAUGCCUAUACCCCUUGUUAUAAAAGCGUUUAUGAUGUAUUUGUAAAGGCAAAAUUACAACCAAAACGAAAUGAUGGUAUAUAUAAAAAAAAUAGAAAAGCUUGA